GAAGGAGGAGGAUGAGGACGAGGAGGAGGAGGGGGGGGGGGUAUUUUGCCCGUCUCUAUUUAUAAUCGACUGGGCCUGUUGUUGUUGUUGUUAUUGUUGUUGUUGUUUUAUGCGAGGUCUAAUGGGGAGUUGUGGCUCAGAGAAAAUAAUGUGAAGAUUUGUGUGUAGGACAUGCGCAGAUGCGGGAUGCCAUAUUGCAGAGAGAGAGAGAGAGAGAGAGAGAGAGCUUCAGCCGGAGGAGAAAAAAAGGGGGAAUCGCCGAAUUUCACAGCCUGUGAGAAACUUCAUUAAGUGCAGGCCUCGAAUCACUGUGAGCUGACAAAGUGGAAAACGGUCAUCAGGACUCUACGUUUCCAAGGCAACAGCCUUCACAAGGAACCAACGAUGACAUCAGCAGGGGGGAGCACUCAGAGCCCGUCCAAUGGGAGAGCAGAACACAGUCACUCAGAUAUGGAGUGUGGAGAAGAGGAACUGGAUUUUAACUGGGAUGAGUAUCUGGAGGAAACAGGAGCCACAGCAGCUGCACACACCUCAUUCAAACAUGUGGAGCUGAGCCUGCAGAGCAGUUUCCAGGCUGGGAUGAAGUUGGAGGUGGCCGAUAGGAGUCGCGCUGACACAUACUGGGUUGCUACCGUCAUCACAACAUGUGGCCAGCUGCUGUUGCUGCGCUACUGUGGCUACAAUGACGAGCGCAGCGCUGACUUCUGGUGUGACGUCAUGACUGCAGAGCUGCAUCCUGUGGGCUGGUGUGCGCAGAACAACAAACUGCUGCAGCCACCUGAAGAUAACGUUUACCUCAGAGCAGCUAUUAAAGAGAAGUACAGUGACUGGACUGAGUUUCUGGUGAAGGAGCUCACAGGCUCACGAACAGCACCAGCUAACCUGCUUGAAGGGCCAUUGAGGGGUAAGAACACAGUGGAUCUGAUUGUGCCUGGGUGUGUGUUAGAGAUCCGUGACGCCAGUGAGCCGUUUGUGUACUGGGCAGUGCGGGUGCAGCGAAACGUCGGCGGGCGUCUUUGGCUCAGCUAUGUGGGACUGGAAGAGCCCGCCUACAACAUCUGGAUUUUCUACCUGGACAUCAGGCUUCGUCCACUGGGUUGGGCCAAAGAGAACUGUCUCACAAUGGAACCACCAAAAGAAGUGCAUCAUCUGAGGAGUGCUACAGAGUGGAGCGACGCUGUAGAGAGAGUCAUGUCUGCAGCCCUGGAAAACCCCCUGCCUCUGGAGGUCUUUAAGGAUCAUGCGGAUUUGCGUAAACACUCGUUCAAAAUGGGGAUGAAGCUAGAGAUGGUAUCACCACAAGAACCCUUCCACAUCUGCCCCGUGUCUGUCACUAAAGUGUAUAAUGAGCACUACUUCCAGGUCACUGUGGAUGACCUGAGCGGUGAAGCCCCGCCCUGCUCGGUGCUGUGUCACGCCGAUUCUCCAGGGAUCCUGCCAAUCCAGUGGUGCUUGAAAAACGGUGUUUGUCUGCAGAGGCCUAGGGGUUUUCAGUCUCAGGACUUUGACUGGGCAGACUAUCUGAAGCACACAGGUACUGAGGCUGCCCCAGAUGCCUGUUUCCCCAAUGCGUCUCUGAGUCGGGGCUUCUGUAAGGAUACGUGGUUGGAAGCUGUAAAUCCACUUCAGCCAGCUGAAAUCAAUGUUGCACGCAUCACCCAGGUUAAAGGUCGGCUCCUCUGGCUCCGAUAUGAAGGCCUGACCAAGCCCCUAGCUGAGUGUUUAGUGGAUGUUGAGAGUAUGGACAUCUUUCCUGUGGGCUGGUGCGAAGCUAAUGCCUAUCCUUUAACACCUUUACGUAAAGCAGUGUGUCAGUCUCAGAAGAAGAUUGCCGUGGUGCAGCCAGAGAAACAGUUGGCUCCUCCACCCAAAGAAAAUAUUCCUCUCAACCAUUGCCAGCCUGUUGCCAUGGACCCAGUUUCUGUAAAUGGAAAGUACUGCUGCUCUCAGAUCUUUGUGAAUCAUCGCUGUUUUUCUGGGCCGUACCUCAACAAGGGAAGAAUCGCCGAGUUACCACAAGCUGUGGGGCCUGGCAAGUGCACACUCGUCCUUAAGGAGGUGCUGACGAUGUUGAUAAACUCAGCCUAUAAGCCUAGCCGUGUUCUCAGAGAGCUACAGUUGGUGGUAGAUCCACAGUGGAACUGUCUGGAGGAAACCCUAAAAGCCAAGUAUAAAGGGAAGAGUUAUCGUGCAAGCGUGAGGAUUGUGUGUUUGGCUGAGCAGGUGGCAGAUUUCUGCCGCAGAGUGUGUGUGAGACUGCAGUGCUGUCCAAACCUGUUCGGCCCCACACUCGUCUCGGAGAAGUGUCCGGAAAACUGCUCCAUACACACCAAGACCAAGUACACGCAUUACUAUGGAAAGAAGAGAAAAGUGGGCCGUCCCAGUCUGGGAGAGUGCACUCAGGAGGGCGACAUGGCCAAACCGGCCCGCCGCAGAAAGAAGCGCAAAGCCGUCUUUGUUCAAAAGAAACGCCGCUCUACUGUUACAGGACACCACGCCGUGGAGUCAGCUCAGGACAGUGAUGAUUUUGACGAUUUUGACGAGGACGAAGAGGAGGAGUCGUACAGUGAGGAGAGCUCCAGCUUGGAGCUGCGUGAAGAGGCUCCUCUGCGCUUCUCUACACGACGAGGCCGACCCUGCAGGUCUCACACUCUGCCCGGGACUGGGGCAUCUCCAGAGCGACCAUCGCUGCGCAGAUCCACACGCUCACUCUCUUACACACACAACCAGGCAGCCAAUCACGCACACCCAAAGAUGGCACAUACAGAAGAGGAAGAGAGCCGAUUGGUUCUAGAGAGGAAUCCACUCGAGUGGAGCGUGUCAGAUGUGGUUAACUUCAUCAUGUCCACAGACUGUGCCUCGCUAGCCAAUAUUUUCCAAGAGCAGGACAUUGAUGGUCAGGCCUUGUUGUUGCUGACCCUGCCCACUGUUCAGGAGUGUAUGGAUUUAAAACUCGGCCCUGCAAUCAAACUCUGUCACCAGAUCGAGCGUGUUAAAGUGGCCUUCUACUCCCAGUAUGCUAAUUAAGCUAACACAGACUAACAUCUAUUUCUCUCAGUGGAUAAAUAAAUACGCUUGAUACACACUGCUCAGGGGUUCUCACACCGUCAGAAAUUUUUUUGUUCAAAACUGCACAACUAGCUAUAUGCUGCGAUGCUCAAAGCACAGCGCUUUCCUGAAGAACUUCUGCUGAAGAACUUCUGCUAACCCCUCUGCUGUUUAUGAUGAAAGGAUUAUAUGUAAGGAUGUAACGGAUGACGGUGACAACUCUUGAAGAAAUACGGAGCGACGGUCUGAUGUACUUCGUGUGGAUGUUGAGGUUACUGAAGCAGAUGUCUUUUUGGAAAGAUCAUUUCUAUUACGAAUAGCAGUUUUAAGGACUACAGAGGGUGUUUCUCAAUACCAAAAAGGAGAAGAGUGGACUUGAAUUCUCACAAAUCUACCUUAAUAUCACCAACUAGGAUCAAUUUGACAUGUGCUUCAUUACUGAUACUUACCUGUAGUGCUAAUAGCAGCUUCCGAAGCAUUUAAAUAAAUGCUUGCUAAGUCUGUAGUUGACAUGACAUGGCUGCAUGUAUUACACUAGGAUCGGGUGUAUUGGAUCAAUGCAUUUAAAAAAAAAAGAAAAAAAGAAAAAACAAGUCUGUACAGGAUUUAGCAGAGUGUUUUUUUAGACUUUUUUUUUUUUGGCGGAAAACUACUUGAAUUGCGAAAUCGCAAUCGCACGAAAUAGUUUUGCACGGUCUUUUGCAGCGUUGUUUAUUGGUAAAUGAGGCCUUUUCCUGUAUUCAUGUCAGACACACGUGAAUCGAAGAGGGAUUUGGCCGAACACGCAUUGUGAUAACGUCACAUGGCCCAAAUCUGCGGAAAAUCUGUGGUAAUUUUGAAAAAUUUUGCAGCGUUUCCUUGCGUUUGUGUUGAUUUCUGUGAUCCUGCAGGGACUGAAAUGAACUGAGGCCUGAGGCAAUCAUACAUCGGUUAGUAUUCAUUCAAAUUGAUUAUGAAUAGAUCAUUAUCCAAAACAGACAGACAGCUGUUAAAAAAAAAUAAAUAAAUGAAAAAUUAAAAAAAACAAAUGAGCAUUUUUAAACUGAUGUGUAAAUAAUCGAAUAGGCUAGCAAGGUGGCUGUGAUACUUACGGUAUGACUUUGACUUAGCGGUAGAUUCUGAACAAAGGGAGCAUGUUUACGGCUUUCAUAGCGCCAUAUACCUGUGCCUAAUUUUUUAUUUAUUUUUUGGAUAUGCACAAUCAACACUGUAAGAAUUCAGAAUAUGUGUACAUAUGCACAUCCGCAAAUAACAGCCUGGUGCCAUCUCAGGAGUCUCAUCCUGAGGUGAUUCAUCUAUUCUACCCAUUAGUGUAUUCCAACGAAGUACAGAACUUUCAAUUCAUUCUCAUUAGUCACGUAUCGAUGAAUCACUGAUAUGUGGGAAGCACAUAACCCAGCUGUUAGAACCAUCCUUGCAUACUUCAUUAGAAGCACUGAACUUGCAGCAGUACACAAGAACACAUAUUGAGAAACACCCAAUGUUCCUGUUGAACAGUUGUGAUUAACUACCAGAUCUGUCUGCAUUUUCCCUUCAGAGACCAAAUGAUAUUGAUAUUUAUAAGUGUAAUUAGAUUUGAAGGAUUGGUGUAUAGAAUUAAAUAAUAUAUUUGAGAUAUUUAUUUUGGCCUGAGAAACAGGUGCUCUCAUGUUGGAAUUUUUUUUUUUUUUUUUUUUUUUUUUUGGUUGGUUAAUUGUUUUGUUUUUUUCUGUUUUUCAAAAGGGGACAGUACGGAUUGGUACAUCGUUCCUUAUUUCUACCACUUUGUAAAAAAAAAAAAAAAAAGAAAGAAAAAAAAACACUGGAUACUGUAUGGAAAUGUUUCAUCAUCUAUGCAAAAAAUGGACUUUUCUACUUUGCUGUAUGACCCAAUGCUUCCCUUGAGAACUUUGUACAUAGAUUGUGUACUGAUUUUAGUACCUAAUAGUAAAAUCUAGUUUUAAUACAACAUUGUGAUGCACUGAGAAAAAAAGAGCUUUUGUAAUGUUUUAUUAUUAUUAUUAUUAUUAUUAUUAUUAUUAAUAUUAUUAUUAUUAUUAUUUACCAGAAUCAGAAAGUAUCCUUCUUACCAAGGGGAAAAAAGUCAAAUCAAGUAUAACCAUAUGACAGCGAUGCAGGGGCAGAGACACUUAACCAAUAUCCUGUGACUAUUUAUGCAUCCCACUAAAACGAAACGGUUGUUGAACAAUACUGUAAAUCACCCACUGCCCAUAAAAGAGUAAAAACAUUUCAGAAUGUUAUGGAGUUGUUUUACUCUUACACUUUAAUGGCGUCAUCACUGAAUUUGCAUGGUAAACAAAAAAGCAAGCACAUAUAUAGGUGCAUCUCAGAAAAUUCCAAUAUCAUGAAAAAGUGGGGUUUUUUUCCCUUAAUUUAAUUCAAAAAGUGGGACUUUGAUAUAUUAUAGAUUCAUUACACAUAAAGUGAAAUAUUUCGAUACUUUUUUGUUUAUUUGUUUUAAUCUUGAUGGUUAUGUCUGAAAGCUCAUGGAAAAAAAAAAAAUUCAGUAUCUCAAAAUAUUAGAAUAAAGAAUUUAUAAUACCGAAAUGUCGACCUGAGAAGAGCUCUAAUCAGCUAAUUAACUCCAAACCCCUGCAAAGGUUUCCUGAGGCUUUAAUCUCUCAGUCUGGUUCAGUACACAACCACAAUCAUGGGGAAGAUGAAAGUAAAUGUUGUAUUUCAUUUGGAAAUCGAGGUCCCAGAGUCUGGAGGAAGAGUGGAGAGGAACAGAAUCCACGUUGCUUGAAGUCCAGUGUGAAGUUUCCACAGACAGUGAUGAUUUGGGGUGCCAUGUCAUCUGCUGGUGUUGGUCCACUGUGUUUUCUCAAGUCGAGAGUCAAUGCAGCAUCUACCAGGAGAUUUUAGAGAACUUCAUGAUUCCAUCUGUUGACGAGCUUUAUGGAGAUGCUGAUUUCCUUUUCCAGCAGGACUUGGCACCUGCCCACAGUGCCAAAACUACUAGUAACUGGUUUGCUGACCAUGAUAUUACUGUGCUUGAUUGGCCAGCCAACUCACUUGACCUGAACCCCAUAGAGAAUCUAUGAGACACCAGACCCAACAGUACAGACGAGCUGAAGGCCGCUAUCAAAGCAACCUGGGCUUCCAGAACACCCCAGCAGUGCCACAGGCUGAUGGCCUCCAUGCCACACCGCAUUAAUGCAGUAAUUCAUGCGAAAGGAUUAAAGCCCUGACCAACCAAGUAUUGAGUGCAUAAAUUAACAUACUUUUCAGAAGGUCGACAUUUCUGUAUUCUUUAUUCUAACAUUUUGAGAUACUGGAUUUUUGAUUUCCAUGAGCUGUAAGCCAUAAUCAUCAAGAUUAAAACAAAAAAAGGCUUGAAAUAUUUCACAAUAUGUAAUGAAUCUAUAGUAUAUGAAAGUUCCACUUUUUUAAUUAAAUUUCGGGAAAAAAAAAAACUUUUCCACAAUGUUCGAUUUUUUAAAGAUGCACCUGUAUGUUAUAGAACUAGAGUAAGAAAAGAUAGACUAUAUAGCUAGAUCGUUACACUUUAUAAUAACCUUAUCUUACAAUAAUCUCAAAUUUAUCAGCUUUGUACUUCCAUAACGAUACUGCAUUUGUUUAAUGUAAAUAUACCUUUAAAGAAAGGAUUCAGCCUCAUUAAAUGCCACAUGGUCAGUGCGCUCAAUCACAUGAAUGUCAUGUGACUCUUACCAACUUAAACGUUGCAUUCACAUGCUUACUCACAGUUACAUACAACAUAUUUUGGAUUAGCUAACUUGAAGAUGUGUGAAGUGAAGACAGUUUGAAGUGUACGCAAUAGUAGCUGUUCUAUGAAACAGGAUUAUGGGAUUACAUAUUUUAAAAUGCUCAACUUUUACAACAAGCAAAAAAAAAAAAAAAUGAAUAAUUACAUUAUAGAUUGUUCUGAAAAUAAAUUUUAAAAAAAAGUUCAUUACAUGGAAGAUUGCAUGCAAAUGUUUCUUAACCAAAUAAUAGACAGGAAGAGCACGCUUCCUGUUAACAUGAGGAAAUGACCUCAACAUAAAUUUAAUGAGAAAUAUGAAGACUUCCAUUUAAUAAGGUACAGUCAGUCAUUGUUUGCACACUAACUUAUGUAAAGCUCAAUUCUGUCCAGAGGUAAAAUAACCAAAUGAGUAAAUACUGUCCUUUAUAUUAUGUUAUAUUAUAUUAUAUUAAAUAUUACUAUAUCAUGCUAUGAAAGCUUGUACACACAUGAUAGACUGAAGAAAGAGAAGUAAAGAGCAUGACAGCAAAAGAAGAUUCCAAAGAAAGACUUACUUAAAGCUAAUGCAGUUGAUACUUGUCUAUGCUGAGUCAUAAGGAAACUAAUUCUGUCAUAGUGGAAAUUUAGCGAAAUUUACGGGCUUUCACCUGUACAUCUUGGUGCACAAAAAAGAAAAACAAUAUGGCAAUGGCAAUAAAGAUUUCUGCUCAUGAUACAGGCCUGUUAGUUUUGAAGAGUAAGAGGCUCCUCGACCUUCACUAGAAAUGACAAACACAGAGGAAUAUAAAGAGCAAUUACAAGGAUCUAGAUCACAUUGAAAAGUAAAUGUAGUGUACUUUUUACUCUAUAUAACGUUAAUCAAAAAUUUUACAUUCACAUUGCUCUCUUUUCUCCAUAUGUACUAUAGAGCAUCAGCCAAUGCAUAUGUAGUGUCUGAAGUUUGUAUUUAUUUCACGUCAAAAUAUUAUUGUUUGCUUCAGCAAUAGACGUUUCAUAAAGUAAUAAUUAUGGAAGCCCUGAAGGGAAAGGUAUCAAAUAAAAGAAAAAAUGUAAAAAGCUUGUUCCUAA